AUGGCAACGAAAUCCGCCGUCCGCGCCGGACCCUCAGGCACACGAGGCCGCCCAUCAAAACCAUCAACAGACUCGCCAGCGCGCAAAUCCACCGCUGGAAAAACCAAACCCGGCGCAUCCCCCAAAGUAAAGAAAAGUCGUCCCUCAAAUGUACAACCCGGCGACCCAACGCCCACAGGCCGUCGCCGCCGCUAUAAACCGGGUACUGUAGCCCUGAAAGAGAUCCGCCGCUAUCAACGCUCCUACGACCUCUUGAUCGCCAAGUUGCCCUUUGCGCGAUUAGUCCGCGAAGUCGCGCUCGAUCUUUUGCCCGCAGAUGUCGGCGCAGAACUACGCUGGCAGAGCCAUGCGAUUCAGGCUCUGCAAGAGGCCGCGGAGGCCUUCAUGGUGCAUUUGUUUGAGGAUACGAAUUUGUGCGCGAUCCAUGCGAAGCGAGUCACUAUUAUGCAGAAAGAUAUCCAGCUCGCGCGGAGGAUUCGCGGAAUGUGGGGGGGGCUUGGUUAG